AUGGAGUACGGCGACAUGUUUGCUACCUCUCCUCCCACUACCCGACGGCAGUCGAUGACUUCGCAGAGGCCAGCCACAGAUACAGAGCCACGCCGAUACACGCGUCCUGUGGAUGCUAGUUUCGGACACCGACUAGCCACGGCGCGCAACCAGGCUCACGGCGACGCACUUCCUACUCUUUCUGGAGAAGAUUGGCGGGCCGCUGGAGCAAUGCCGGCAUCUCAGGUUGGAGAAUCUGUCCGAGAAACCACACAGCUUCCGCUCAGGGUCCCUCCAUACGGAUGGGAGAGAGGAUCUUACCGGUCGCCCUUUGAGUACAACAUUCCCGGACACCACGUUGGAGCCAACACCAACCCAGCAUCUCGGCCAUUCCCACAUACUCGCCCGCAGAGCAUUUCAUUCGGCAGCAUGCCACCCAUAGAUACCCGCACACCGCCCAGCAUGGCAUCGCGAGCAGCAACCCUCCAGCACAAGCCCGAGCCCAUCUGUCGCGCUGUCACCCCCGGCCCUGAUACCAAAGAGCGGCUUCUCCUGCUGGGCCCGCUGCUCGUGAUCCAAAACACAUGCGCGACACUCUGCCGCGAGGACCGCGAGAUGCUGCACAGUUUCCUGGACAAGUACAUGGGAGAAUCACUGCGGACGGUAGUUGAGCGCGACGCUCUCCUGCCGCAGGUCAUCUACAAGAUCAGCAUUCCCAUGACAGAUGGCAACUGGCAGAAAUACAACCAGCUUCUCUCUGUCUUCGCCUUUGCCAACAGCAUGCACAAGAUGCUGGCAGUGGGCUCCGAGGAAUUCGACAAGUACUCGUUUGUCGUGGACGCCGAGUCAGGCACCGGACACGUGGAGAGCUGGAAGGCACUGGCGAGUGCGCGGUCGAGAGGCUUGUCCAUGGAGAUGCUGUUGCAGGAGCUUGUGCAGACGUGGAAGAAGACGUGGACCUAG